CCCAACCAGCUAACUACUUUCUUCUUCCUAUUCUCAUGGCUGAUGUUGCUACCUUCGUGUUUCUCCUACUCCUCUCUUCUGUACUUUAUCUUUCUGCAGUACUAGCAGCUCAUGAACAAAGAUCAUCCAACAUUAGCUUGGGAUCUUCUCUUUCCCCAUCCUCCACCAAUUCAUCAUGGCUUUCUCCUUCUGGUCGAUUUGCUUUCGGAUUUUAUCCACAAGGAAAUGGGUUUGCCAUUGGAAUUUGGUUUGCCCAAAUACCUCAACUCACAGUCGUAUGGACAUCAAACAGAGACGAUCCACCUUUGUCUAGCAAUGCUACAUUGCUCCUUACCAGUAAUGGAAGGUUGAUCCUCCAAGACACACAAGAAGGCCAAGAAAAAUCUAUUGCAGACGACUUGCAAUCUGCCUCUUGGGCUUCCAUGCUUGACACCGGCAAUUUCGUUCUAUAUGAUUCAAGCGGAAAUAGCUUAUGGGAAAGUUUCGAUCAUUUCCCUACUGACACUCUUCUGCCAGGUGAACGUCAGACGGCCAUAUGCAGUAUUCCUGGUUACAACUUCACUAAAUUUGUUAAUGGAAGUCAAGAUAGUUUGGGUCGUUGCAAGCGAAAGUUAAACGCUGAGGGCUGUGGAAAUGAAACGAUGUCUAUAUUGGAGAACACUACCGGAUGGGUAAAACAUAUAAUUUACAAAAUUAUAGCAUCCACAGCCGAAGGAGAAUGCACAGACGAGGCUUGCUUGAGAUAUGGAUCAACACAAGAAUAUCCAUUCUACAUCUACGCAUUUUUCGUUAAAAUUGCUGUUUUUGUGGCAAAUUAUUUUAUCUUAUACUCAGCGAGAGUUGUAGUCCGACCACCUCUCCAAUAAAUCUUUUCAUCAAGGCACUG